CGUUCCCUCAUCAUUCCGUCCCAGUCGUGGAGACCCGGGACGAGCGUCGCGGGUUGACGGCCGCGUCCCAGGUGUUAACGCGAUCGGAAGCCUGACCCCCGCACGAAACUGCUCCUUCCUGAGCCGGGGGCCGGGAGCCGCUGCCGCUCGGGCGUCCCUGGAACUCUGGGCUGUGAGGCCGCGCAGACACACGGGCCGGCACGUGCCCGCCCGCAGCGUGAGCUUCGGUUUCUGGCCGCCAGUCCCGCCGGUUCCCGGCGCCUUCCCGUGCACCCAGGUGAGGCUGCUCAGGUGAGACUGAUGGCCGCCCCAAGGAGCAGGUGCUGACGCCCCCAGCCUGGUGCUGCGCCUCCUGACACCACUGCCCAUCCAGGAUCUAAAUGCCACAGCGCCCCUGGGGCACGGUGGGCUGCGACCCGCUGUUGCCGGGGAAGGCCGCUCAGCCAUGGGGAACGCGGAGAGCCAGAGCGUGGAGCACGCCUUCUACGGGGAGAAGCGCGCCAGCCUGGGGCGCAAGCACACGUCGCGCUCGCUGCGCCUGUCGCACAAGGCCCGGCGGGCCCGGCACGCGUCCUCGGGGAAGGCGGUGCCCCGGAGCGCCGAGCCGAGCCUGCGCUCCAGCAGCACCCCCAGCAUCCCGCAGUCACUGGCCGAGAGCGGCCUGGAGCCCUUCGCGCAGGAGGGCGGCCUCGAGGACUUCGGGGGCCCCGGCUGGGUGGACCGCGCGGACGGGGGCCUGAGGCCUGUGUCCUACACCGACUCCUCCGUGGCGCCCAGCGUGGGCAGCAGCAUCGUCCUCGCCGCGGCCUCCGUGCCCAGCGUGCCCGACUCGGAGGACAGCAGGCUGUACGGCGAGGACGCGGCCUAUCCGGCCGAGGGCGGCGGGCGGCCACACCCCUACGCGCGCCCCGGGCCCGCGUUCCCGGAGAGUGCCAGCUUCCGGAAGAAGCGCUCCAAGUCUGCGGACAUCUGGCGGGAGGACAGCCUGGAGUUCUCGCUCUCUGAUCUGAGCCAGGAGCACCUGACCAGCAACGAGGAGAUCCUGGGUCCCGCCGAGGAGAAGGACCGCCAGGAGGCCCGGCGGGCAGAGAGCCGGGUGGGCUCGCGGCCGCCCGGCGCCUGUCAGCGCGCCAACUCCCUGAGCGACCUCUGUGCUCCGAAAGGCGCCGGGGCGAUGGCCAACGGGGGGCCCAGGAGCAAGUGCGCCGGCUACUGCCGGAAUUUGGCGUCUGACCGCCCCCACCGGGCCGACCACAAGGCACUGCCCGCGGCAGCCGAAGAGGCUGUUCCCUACAGCUACAACACCCUUCCCUGCAGGAAGUCCCACUGCCUCUCAGAAGGUGCCACCGACCCACAGCUGAGCCACAGCAACAGCAUGCAGGGCAGGAGGGCCAGGACGACUCAGGACGUGAACGCCGGCGAGGGCAGCGAGUUUGCCGACAGCGGGAUCGAAGGGGCCACCACCGACACGGACCUGCUGUCCAGGCGCUCCAAUGCCACCCACUCGAGCUACUCGCCGCCCCCCGGCCGUGCCUUCGUGGGCAGUGACAGCGGCAGCAGCAGCACGGGGGACGCGGCGCGCCAGGGCGUGUACGAGAACUUCCGCCGCGAGCUGGAGCUGAGCGCCGCCAACCGCGAGAGCCUGGAGGACGCGGGCUCGGCGCACAGCGACGAGCACUCCAGCGGUGCCCCGAGCUCGCCGGGCCGCUCCGACGUGCUGCGGGAGGCGGCGCGGGGCACGGUGCGCAAGGCGGGCGCGCUGGCCGUCAAGAACUUCCUGGUGCACAAGAAGAACCGGAAGGUGGAGCCGGCCGCCCGCAGGCGCUGGAAGCACUACUGGGCGUCCCUGAAAGGGUGCACGCUGCUUUUCUACGAGAGCGACGGCAGGUCAGGCAUCGACCCCGCCAGCACCCCGAAGCACGCCGUGUGGGUGGAGGACAGCAUCGUGCAGGCCGUGCCCGAGCACCCCAAGAAGGACUUCGUCUUCUGCCUGAGCAACUCCCUGGGCGAUGCCUUCCUCUUCCAGACCACCAGCCAGACGGAGCUGGAGAACUGGGUCACCGCCAUCCACUCGGCCUGCUCCGCCGCCGUCGCGCGGCACCACCACAAGGAGGACACGGUGCGGCUGCUGCGGUCGGAGAUCAAGAAGCUGGAGCAGAAGAUCGACAUGGACGAGAAGAUGAAGAAGAUGGGCGAGAUGCAGCUCUCCUCCGUCACCGACUCCAAGAAGAAGAAGACCAUCCUGGACCAGAUCUCCGUCUGGGAGCAGAGCCUGGAGCAGCUGCAGAUGGACCUGUUCCGCUACCGCUGCUACCUGGCCAGCCUGCAGGGCGGGGAGCUGCCCAACCCCAAGCGCCUCCUGGCCUUCGCCAGCCGGCCCACGAAGGUGGCCAUGGGCCGCCUGGGCAUCUUCUCCGUGUCGUCCUUCCACGCCCUGGUGGCGGCACGCACCGGGGAGACGGGAGUGCGGCGGCGCACGCAGGCCACGCCCCGGCCGGCCAGCAAGCGGCGGAGCCGGUUCUCCUCCCUGUGGGGCCUGGACACCACCUCCAAGAAGAAGCAGGGGCACCCCAGCAUCAACCAGGUGUUCGGGGACGGGCCUGACGCCGUCAAGCAGUCUCUGGAGGGGGUCUUCGACGACACCGCCCCAGACGGCAAGAUGGAGAAGGAGUCGGGCCUGCCCGGCGUCCACCAGCACAACCCUGACGGCGACCUCUGGGUCCACGAGCACUUCGCGCCGUCCUGGUUCUCUCUGCCCAACAGCCAGUCCGCCCUGACGGUCGUCCGGCCGGGGGACACCGCCCGGGACACCCUGGAGCUGAUCUGCCAGGCACACCAGCUGGACCCCUCGGCUCAUUACCUGCGGCUGAACUUCCUGACGGAGCGCGGAGCCCAGCACUACGUGCCCCGGCCGGAGGAGGACCUCUACGAGCUGCUGUACAAAGAAAUUGAAAUUUGUCCGAAAGUCACUCAGAACAUCCAGAUGGAGAAGUCGGACGCGGCUGGUGACAACUACGGGUUUUUUCUGUCCUCCGAGGAUGAAGACGGCGUUUGGAGGUGCUACGUGGACAGCGUGAAGGACACUGGGCUCGCGUCCAAGAGAGGCCUGAAGGCGGGAGAUGAGAUUCUCGAGAUCAAUAAUCACGCAGUUGGCACCCUGAGCUCCUCAGCGCUCAGAGACUUCCUCUUGCAGCCCAGCCUGAGCCUCCUGGUGAGGACGCGCCCCACGCUGGAGAGGGGCGCCCUGCUGCUGGAGAGCCCGCCGCACCGCGCCGACGGCCCCGUCGACCCCAGCCAGAGCCCCCUCGCCUUCCUCGCCGGCAGCCCAGGGCACGGCCUGUGCGGCAGGCAGGGCGGCAGCGCCGAGGCAGCGGCCAAGGAGACGGAGGGGCCCGACGCCGAGUCCUCCGACGACGCGGACCACAGCGGCAAGAGUGCGGGACCGGGGGCCUCGAGCCGCCGCAGCCCACAGGAGAUGAACCCCUGCGACCCGAGCCCGUCCCCCCAGGACGCCAGUGGGCCAGCGCCGGCAGCCACGAGGCAGCUGACGGACGCCGACAAGCUGCGCAAGGUGAUCAGUGAGCUCCUGGAGACGGAGCGCACCUACGUGAAGGACCUGAACUGUCUCAUGGAGAGAUACCUCAGGCCCCUUCAGAAGGAGACCUUUCUCACCCAGGAUGAGCUCGACGUGCUCUUUGGGAAUCUAACCGAAAUGGUCGAGUUCCAAGUAGAGUUCCUCAAAACUCUGGAAGACGGAGUGCGACUAGUACCUGACUUGGAAAAGCUGGAGAGGGUCGAUCAGUUCAAGAAGGUGCUGUUCUCCCUGGGGGGCUCCUUCCUGUACUACGCCGACCGCUUCAAGCUGUACAGCGCCUUCUGCGCCAGCCACACGGAGGUACCCAAGGUCCUGGUGAGAGCCAGGACGGACGCGGCCUUCAAGGCCUUCCUGGACGCGCAGAACCCGAAGCAGCAGCACUCGGCCACGCUGGAGUCCUACCUCAUCAAGCCCAUCCAGCGGGUCCUCAAGUACCCGCUGCUGCUGCGCGAGCUCUUCUCGCUGACGGAUGCCGACAGCGAGGAGCACUACCACCUGGACGUGGCCAUCAAGACCAUGAACAAGGUGGCCAGCCACAUCAACGAGAUGCAGAAGAUCCACGAGGAGUUCGGGACCGUGUUCGACCAGCUGAUCGCCGAGCAGACCGGUGAGAAGAAAGAGGUGGGGGACCUGAGCAUGGGCGACCUGCUGCUGCACACGACUGUCACCUGGCUGGACCCGCCCACCACGCUGGGCAAGUGGAAGAAGGAGCCGGACCUGGCCGCCUUCGUCUUCAAGACCGCCGUGGUCCUGGUGUACAAGCACGGCCCCAAGCAGAAGAAGAAGCUCGUCGGCCCUCACCGGCUCUCCAUCUGCGAGGAGUGGGACCCCUUCCGGUUCCGGCACAUGAUCCCCACCGAAGCACUGCAGGUCCGCGCCGUGGCCAGUGCAGACGCAGACGCCAGCACGGCGUGCGAGAUCGUGCACGUGCGGUCGGAGUCGGAGGGCAGGCCGGAGAGGGUGUUCCACCUGUGCUGCCGCUCCCCCAAGGGCCGCAAGGACUUCCUGAGGGCCGUGCACUCUGUGCUGCGGGACAAGCACCGCCGGCAGCUGCUCAAGACGGAGAGCCUGCCCUCACCGCGGCAGUACGUCCCCUUCGGAGGGAAGCGGCUGUGCGCGCUGAAGGGGGCCCGGCCGGCCGUGAGCAGGGCAGUGUCCGCCCCGAGCAAGUCUCUCGGUAGGAGGAGGCGGCGGCUGGCUCGGAACCGGUUCACCAUCGACUCUGACGCCGUGUCUGCCGGCAGCCCGGAGCGAGAGGCCCAGCAGCAGCCCCCCGGCGCCGGGGACACCGACCGGUGGGUGGAGGAGCAGUUCGACCUGGCGCAGUACGAAGAGCAGGACGGCGUCAAGGAGACGGACAUCCUCAGUGACGACGAGGACGGCGAGGCCGGCGAGCCUGAGGGCGGCGCCGGCGCGGACGGGGACCUGCCCGGGCGGCUGCAGGCCGCCUCCAUCGGUCAGCGGGGCCUCGGCCGCCCACGCCCGGACAGCCACGCCUCCCGCAUGGCGCAGCUCAGGAAGCAGGCGGCCCUGCCGGCCGUCGGCGGGGCCCUCGAGCCGGCCGGCGAGGAGGUCGUCUGGGUCCGGCGCGAAGACUUCGGCCCGUCCCAGAGACUGAACACGGAGAUCUGACCGUCGGCCCAGAGAGCGGGUGUCGAUGCUCGCCCCGGCCCUGCGCCCCCGCCGCCCCCUCCUGUGCCCUCCAGGACGGGAUGGUCCCCUCAGCCGCACUCGCGCACACUCAGUCCUGGCCGCUGGCUUUGCUUGGGGGCCGCGUGCCGCCCGACUGGUCGCUCUGACGGCAUCGGAAAGAACCGCUCAGAAUCUCAAGUAGGCCUGCGCCCCACCUUCUGUGCGUGGCCGGGUCUCUCUGUCCCCGUUGACCGGGGCCGGGAGCGUGAAGGGGGACCCCGCAACGCCGGGUGGGGUCCCGCUCCCCGGGGGGCGUGGGCCGCGCCGCGGGUCAGUCGGAGGGGCAGCACGGGAGGGGCGGGAGCCAGGUUGCUCUGUGCGAGGGCAGUCAGGGGUCUCCCGGCUGGUGCGACAUACAGGGACAGGGCCCCGGGGUCCCUGCGGCCCUUCCUCCUCAGUGUCAGGGCCGCCACGUGCCCGAGGGGCCUGCACCUCUCGGCGGGCCUCGCCCGCUCUGGUCCGUGGCUGGUCUCAUGCGGCGUCCGCACUCGGAAGUUCUAGUUUUGCAGAGAAUUAUAAAGAUGCCAAACUCUUUGAAAAGAGACCCAAAUUUAUCACUUGGGGGGAAAAAACGCUAUUUUUUUGUAUUUUACCUGAGAGGCAAGGCACAGACAGACUCGAAUUUUGCAGCUUAGAGUGACCGAGACUGAACAUGAGGGUUUCACCUCCUGCAGGGAGGCGUGUGCGAGGCGUGUGGCUCUGUGUCUGUGCACGUGCCCAGCCGGCAGGCCCCACGCACAGAAGACACGGUUUCCCAGAAGACCCUGUGCGUGUCUGUCUGUCUGUCUGUCUGUCUGAACCCCCUGGAGACGGGUGCCUGGAGCUAGCAGACAGCACGCCCGAGGGGGCCGGGGUGUAUGCCCGCGGGGGGGCACUGGGGGCCCCUCCCGGGGUCGCCGUGGUGCCCCGCUCAUCCUCAGAGUUGCAUCUCUGUCCAUCGCCCGCCCUUCCCCGACGCCCCUGACCCGCCUCCCGACAAGACCCCUCUUCUCGUCACGCCAACGAAACAGGGUACACACGCUAACACACACGCUGACACAGCUCUCACACGCCAAACAGGUUUUCAUGCAGGGAGAACAAAACCAAGUUAAAGCACUUUCGAUUUUUUUUUAAAUAGAAAAAGGUUUGUAGCUUUGCCCCCGUUUCACAACGCCCACUUCCUAAGAAGGUUUAAAUAAUACGAAGACUUUCAUUUGGGGAAAAUACCUAUUUGGUGUUUGACACACCAGUAGGUGCUCUCACGACCUGAAUUUUGUAGCAGCUCUGGGGACUCUUUUGUACAAAUCAGCCGCGACUUUCUACUCCGGACGUGCCGCCCAGACCCUCCCGCUGGCACCCCUGCUUGCUGCCUGCGCCCGCCUGCCCCCGGCUCCCGGGGCUUCCCGCUCGUCCCCGGGCGGGUUUCUUCUGUGGACUUUGCUACACCUCCCGGCUUUCUGGAGGAGCUUUAGAGUGGUUUCUGCGCCCUUCUCGUCCCCCACUGUGCACACCGCCCCCUCCCGCUGCGUCCCAGGGGGCGGAGCCUCGGCCCACCGCCGCGCGUCCGGGCCCCAGGGCGGUGGGCCUGCUCGGGCCGCGGGCCGGGCGCCCACGGAGGCUGUGCGCGGCGUGUCUGUGUCCAGAGUUCUUCUAUAUUUCUUUUAUAAGCUGAGAGAAGGUCUAUUUUUG